GGGCUCGCCAGCUCGUCGGUGGAGCCGUACCGGCCGCGCAGCGGCUCGUCCCUGCGGGAGCUGACGGCACUGGCGGCCGCCGCGGCGGCGGAGUGUGCGCCCGUGUGCCAGGGCCCGUCGAGCCUCGUGAACUUCAGCCUGCAGAAGGAGACCUCGACGCUGUCGGAGGCGGUCCGCGAGCCCCGCUACUGGCUCGUCUUCGUGGCCUUCGGGCUCAUGUGCGGGAUCGGCCUGGAGGUGUCCAACCAGCUGUCAGUGCUGGCGACGAAGAUCCGGUGGGACUGCGACGACGCCGUCGCCUACUUUGCGGUCGGGAACUCCUCGUCCAGGGUCCUCGUAGGGGCCUUCUCGGACAUGCUGGCCAGAUGGGCGACCCAAAGUGCUCCGCGGGCGGGGCCCGGCGUCUUCUUCGGCUGGGUCAUGUGUCUGGGGCUGAUGCUGAUCAUCGUGAGCCCGGAGAGCCCGGGGCUCACCAAGACGGGCAUCGUGCUGUGCGGCUUCUCCUUCGGGCCCCCGUGGAUGCUGGUACCGGCUCUGGAGAGAUGGAGUGGUAUGGCGAGAAGCACUUCGGCCGUAUUCACGGCGUCAUGA